CUCGCCUGUUUGUGGUGGGCGGUAUGUUGAAUUAUUGGAACAGCUGAAUGUGUUUUGCUUUUAAUACUGUUUUUUUUAUAUACAGUAUUUGACGGUUGUAAUGUAAAUUUCCUAGCAGAAGUAAUCACACGAACAGCCGCUACACAAAACAAAAUCUGCAACAAUAACAUACAUUUUGCAUGAUUCUAGGUCUCAAGAAGGAAGUUCGGGUAAGCGGCAUGAGUCAGUGGGAGAAGCUAAAACAACUGGAUACAAAGUACUUGGAGCAGUUGCACAAUCUGUACCAGGAUGAAAACUUUCCCAUGGAUAUUCGGGAGUAUCUUGCUCAUUGGAUUGAAAGUCAGGACUGGGAUAAAGCUGUAACCAAUUACUCACUGGCCACCAUUCACUACCAAAAUCUGUUGGACCAUAUCAACAAUCAAUACAGUCGCUUUAUGCAGGACAAGUUGUUUGUUUGCCAGCACAAUUUCAAGAGAUACAGGCAAAAUAUACAGGCUUGUUAUGGAGAGGACCCUGUUCUAUUGGCAAGGAAUGUCGCUUUUUACCUGAAACAGGAGAAGAUGAUUCUAAGCAAUGUUGUAGAGGAUCAGCAGGCUGUCACGGGGCAUUGUCACCCUGUAGACUUUGAAAGGCACCAGAACGUUGAACAAAAAAUUAUUGCACUGAAAAUGAGUGUGCAGGCGUGUGAGCAGGAGUUGAAAUUCCUAGAAGAACAACAAGAUGAAUUUGAUUUUAAGUUCAAGACCUUCAAGUGUCAAGAAUCAAACAAUUCUGAGAAGCAGAAAGAAGAAGAAUUAAAGGUGCUACAGAAUAUGCUAAAUAUUCUGGACAACAAUAGAAAAAAAGUCCUUGAGAAAUUUGGAGAGUUUCUAAGCGAAGCUGAGACGCUCCUCAGUACACUGGUGAAAGAGGAGCUGGCAGACUGGAAGAGGCGGCAACAGAAGGCCUGUAUUGGUGCCCCUUUGAACGUUUGCUUGGACCAACUGGAGAACUGGUUUACUACAUAUGCAGUGUGUUUGUUUCAAGUGAAAAGGCUGCUGAAAAAACUGGAGGAACUGGGAGAGAAAGUGACCUAUGAUAAGGAUCCUUUUAAAAUAAAAAGGCCUAUUUUGGAGAAGCAUGCUAAAAUUCUGCUAACCAACAUCAUUAAAAGUGCUUUCGUUGUGGAGAAUCAGCCUUGUAUGCCUCUUCAAAGUAAGAUGCCUCUGGUUUUGAGAACAAGCUCACAGUUUGCUGUUAAGGCACGCCUGUUGGUGAAACUGUCAGAGGUGGGCAAUCAUCUAAUGAAAGUGAAGGCUUGCAUUGAUAAGAAUUCACCAAAUGGAAAAGGGUAUCGUAAGUUCAAUAUUCUCGGCACAUUUGAAAAGGCAAUGAACAUGAUGGAUUCCAAAUUUGGUGGCUUGUGUGUUGAUUUCAGACAUUUGCAACUUAAGGAGCAGAAGUGUAUUAUUGGAGGCAAAGGAAGUAAUGAGGCUUCACUUACUGUAACAGAGGAGCUCCAUCUCAUUAGCUUUGAGACUGAGCUGGUUCACCAAGAGCUCAGCAUCAAACUUGAGACUUGCACUUUACCUGUGGUUGUCAUCUCAAAUGCCAGCCAACUCCUUAAUAGCUGGGCUUCAGUGGUUUGGUACAACAUGCUGUGCAGUGAUCUUCAGAAUAUUACGUUCUUUUCGAACCCUCCGUUGGCACCAUGGAGUCAGCUCUCAGAGGCACUAAGCUGGCAGUUUUCUUCAAACACAAAGAGACAUUUGGACCCUGAACAGCUUAACAUGUUGGCAGAAAAAUUAUGUGGGGUUCGAGAAAACUAUGCAGAUUGUUGCAUUACAUGGGCAAAAUUUUCAAAGGAGAAUUUACCAAAUCUGAACUUCUCUUUCUGGAUCUGGUUGCAAGGGAUCCUGGACCUUAUUAAGAAAUGCUUGGAGGAUAUUUGGAACGAUGGGAACAUUAUUGGGUUUUUGAGUAAGAAGAGAGAGCGCAGUUUAUUGAAACACAAGCCGACAGGCACUUUCCUGCUUCGCUUCAGUGAGAGCUGCAGGGACGGUGGUAUUACCUUCUCUUGGGUGGAGCAUUUAUCCAACGGGGAAUCCAAGAUUCGAUCUGUUCAACCAUACACUAAGGCACACCUGAAUAACAUUUCUCUAUCUGAGAUUGUUCGAUUUUACAAAGUAAUGGCAGAUGAGAAUGUCCCUGAGCACCCUCUGCUGUAUCUGUACCCAAAUAUUCCCAAGGAUGAGGCAUUUGGGAAAUAUUAUCUGGAGCCUGAAGCAGGUUCAGAGCUGCAGUUAAAGUACAACAGAUACUUGCGAACCCGAUUAAUUGUGGUAUCAGAAAGGCCACCAAGUGAUGUUGCUCCUGGAAUGAUGGAUGAAUGUCUUCAGGAGGAUUUCCCAAUGACAGAUUUCAUGGAUUGGAUUGGAUUUGACACCGACUCCUGAAGGAUUGAGUGGUGACAUGAUGCAUUCAAGAGAUCUAUUUCUGAUACAGAAUAAGUCUUCAAUGUAAUGGUUUCUGGUGUUAGGACAUGGAACCUCUUCCAAUUUCAAUGCUCUGUAUGCUAUGGAAAAUUUGUUUCCAAAGUGCGCUCAAUUCUGAGAUUGUUCUUGCUGUAAACAAACCUUUAAAGUCCUUAAUCCAUAUUGUAUGUAAAAGCAAGCUAAUACUGAUGAUGCACAAAAGGAGGGUUUUUGCCUCCAGCAGAGUACUGUCUGGUUCUCAUGCCGUGGGAAGGUUUUAUCUGGAUUGGUGUAAUCUUGAAGAAAUAUUGACAACAAAGAAAGAGUGCAGACCCCUACUGUUUUCCCCUUGCCCUCAAUCAAAACCAACACUAAACUUGAUGGCCUUCCCCCACCCAAACCCCAUUGCUUUAGAGCACUACAGCACAGAAACAAGCCCUUUAGCCAAUCUAGUCCUUGCCAGCCUGAUCCCCAGCCUAGUCCUAUUUAUCUGGAUCAUGGCCCUCCUUGCCCUUCUCAUCCAUGUGCCUAUGUAAAUGCUAUUAAAUGUUACAAUAGAACCCACAUCCAUCGCUUCUGGCAGCUCAUUCCACACUUUAAUUACUCUCUGAAUGAAGAAGUUCCCCAUCUGGCGAUAGCAUUUGUAGGAAUGAUGUAUUCAGUGAUUGAAAUUCGUAGGAAUAAUUGUGAAUAUUAAACAAUUUUACUUACCUUUGUCUAGGUUCAGUGCAUUCAGUAUUUUUUGUUUUUGCACUGCACUUUAGAUGUGGAGAAUGUCAUUUGCCCACAAUUAUCAUAGUUCAGGAUUGGUCUUGGGGAGAGGGAAACAUGAUGCUUUUUUAAAUUACAAUUACUGCAGGUUUCUCUGUGGGUUUGCUAGCUUUUGUUCAUCAUUAACUUUAACUUGCCACCUUUUGCCAUCAUUUCUCCGGUGUGCCUACAUGUGCACAGAUGCCUGAACUUUACUUCUUGGUUCAAGCCCCACUGCAGGACUUGGGCACUGACCCUCGACUGAGGGAAUGUUACAUUAUCUUUUGGAUGAUAUGACAACCUGAGGCCCCAUUUGCUUCCAUGGAUGGAUGCAAAGAUGUUUGGUUGAAGGGGGGGGGGGAGUGAAGAAGGAAACAGGGAAUUCUAAAGAUUUUAUACAGAUCCAUCUAAGUACAUAAAUUUCCUUUUUUUACCACCACAUGCAGUUCUUGGUUUUGUUCACUGGUGGUUAAAUAAGCUCAUGACACAGAGGUACAGGGUUUCUUUGCUUUCAAUAAUUAUCCUUCAGUUCUAUUGCCAGCAUGUGUUGGAAGAGGUUUCCUUCAAUUUUUAGGGAUGGUUAAAGAUAUUCCACAACAAACCUGUGUUUUAACUGUUUUCCACAUAAGCUGAUAGUACCACCAGAGAGGUUGUGUCCUUUGCUGCUGCUUAUACAUAUUCAACCCUAAGGCUUGUUUUAGGAGCACCCAAAGAUUAAAACCCAAUAAGGCAGCAUUGAUGAACUUCUCAUACUAAAAGUAAGGGCCACAUUUUCUGUUCCUUUUUAAAACUCGAGUUACUUUAUUUUUCAUAUCUUAUUAUAGAUUAUAAGAAAUCCUAGAAACAGAUCUGUUCAGGAAUUCUGUGCUCGUAUUUUGAGAUAAGAGGAAAGAGUUGGAAAGCCCUCGAGCUGCACCUCUGAGUUAGGAAGUUUUAAUUAAUAGAGAGCUCCAAGUCUUAACCACGGCUGAAUAGGUAGUACUCUUGGCUCUGAGUUGAUUUCAUCUUAUUCCAGAGAUUUGCACACCAAAAAAAAAAAAAAAAAUAGGCUGGCAUUCCAACUGCUGUGCUCCGGGAGUACUGCAUUGACACAGAUUUGGAAGAGAUGUUAAACCACAGCUCUGUUUGAGAUGAAUGUGAGAAAUCUUAUGACACUACCUUGAACAACAUUGGAAUUAUCCUUGGUGUACUACCUGAUACUUUUCUCACAACGUACACUGCUGAAGAGGGUGUAUAGUAUUAUUACGGCACAGCUUUCUGAAGCUUGCUCUGAACAAAAUGGCUACCACAUCUCUUGUAUCCGAACAGUGUCUGUGUUUCAAAUGUAUUUUAUUGUCUGUAAAGCACUUUAAGAUGUCCUGAGGUCAAGAAGGGUAACAAAGAAAUGCAAGUUGGUCACCUUUUUAAUACGGCGGAUAAUUGUGCAAUAGUUCUCUGCUCCAGAAUUUUGGGACAAUAACCUUUGAUUGUCCUGAAAACAAGAAUUAACUUCUUGUUUUAGAAGUCGUGGAUAUCGUUUAAGCACUUAAUUCCUUCUGCCAUAAAAAGAAGAUUUAUCUGGAUUGAAAUUUAGAUUCAUCUCUGUUUUCAAAAGACCUUUAAGGUACUGAGUAAUAGUAAUGAAUAAAGCUAGAAUGCAAAGAGCAGAAAUUAAGGACAUCUUAGUGCAUUGGAAGAAAAUGUGUGGUGGUGUGUUCCACCAGAGUCAGUGCUGGGGCCACCACUGUUCACAAUAGUGGUUUAGAUUCUGGAAUCAAAAGCAUACAACUUGAAAUGUAUGUGAUAUUGGAGAGGGCAGUUACUAAUGAAGAGGACCACAAAAAAUUGUUGGAUACUGAUAAAUUUUCAAAAUGGGCAAAUUAUUGGCAACUGCGUUAAGCACAUAAGUGUGAAGUUAUACAAUUGUGGGAAGAAUAGGGAGGUCACUUGGCACAUAUGACUCAUUUGUGGAAAUGGAUGUAGGGAAGAGUUUGUGAAUCAGAAUUCCUAGGAUAUUUGAGAGAGCAGCAAAACCCUUAAUACCACUGGCUGUGCCCACAAAUUGUAUACUAUAAAUACUACAAGAAUAUCGGUUGGAAACAACAGAUGCUUAAUUUUAAACUCUCUUCAUGGAACACAGCUGAAGUAUAAACAUGAAUUUCCAUGGGUUGCUCACUGGAAUAUGUAUUUGGAGUUUGGUUCGCUCUGUAUUUUCAAUACAUUGCAAAUUAGAUGCAAUACUUAAAGCAACUGAAUGUACCUUGGUACACUGACCAGUUUGCAGGUUACCUUAAAUGUAAUUGAAAGCUGUUGUGGAAAUAACUGAUGUACACAUUUUUUUUGAUUUAUACAUUCCCUCUAGUUUCAGUGGAGCUUUAUGUUCCAUAAGGUGUUUGUACCUUGUUUGGUGAUUGGUUCAAGAAGUUGUUUUUGUAUCCAGAUUGCACAGUUAACCUGUGCCUUCUAUAGGACGUGAUAUUUUAGGGUCUUUGCAGACCUGAAUUCCACUUGCAUUCUUCCCUAAUGCACUGUCAAACUUCUCAAGUAGUUCAGUUGCAAUCUUUACUUAAGUUAUCUGGGUGAAGUGCAUAAUAAUGUUUAGGACUCUCCACUUGCUCCCUCUCCCUAUUUUAUUUCUUCUCUACUUGUUCCUUGAUGUUACGGCGUGUUAAAGCUCUUACAUUCAGUUGUAAUGUCCACCAUGUUUCCAAUAACACAGAGCAAGUGUGACUUUCUGAAGGCAAAUGCAAAGCUGUCACAAUUCUCAUAGUAUCAGUUGACCAAUGCUAUGCAAUAUGUCCCUACGUGUAUUGUGAUUCUAUUAAUUGUUUUUUUUCAGGUUUAUUGAAUAAUGCACUGCUUCUGUAUUUUUCACAACUUGAUUCAUAGAAUAAACCAAUUUAA